AUGUCUCACCGAAAGUACGAGGCCCCUCGCCACGGUUCGCUGGCGUACCUGCCGCGCAAGCGUGCCGCCCGUCACCGCGGAAAGGUCAAGUCCUUCCCCAAGGAUGACCCCAAGAAGCCCGUCCACCUGACGGCCACCAUGGGCUACAAGGCUGGUAUGACCACCAUUGUCCGCGACCUCGACCGUCCCGGCGCGAAGGCCCACAAGAAGGAGGUCGUUGAGGCCGUGUCCAUCAUUGAUACCCCCCCUAUGGUCGUUGUUGGUCUCGUGGGCUACAUCGAGACUCCCCGCGGUCUGCGUUCGCUCGCCACCGUCUGGGCCGAGCACCUGAGCGACGAGGUCCGUCGUCGCUUCUACAGGAACUGGUACAAGUCCAAGAAGAAGGCCUUCACCAAGUACGCCAAGAAGCACUCCGAGUCCAGCGGUGCCUCCAUCACCCGCGAGAUUGAGCGCAUCAAGAAGUACUGCUCCGUCGUCCGUGUCCUCGCCCACACUCAGAUCCGCAAGACGCCCCUCAAGCAGAAGAAGGCCCACCUUAUGGAGAUCCAGGUCAACGGUGGCUCCGUUGCCGACAAGGUCGACUUCGGCUACGGUCUCUUCGAGAAGGAGGUGUCCGUUGACUCCAUCUUCGAGCAGGACGAGAUGAUCGAUGUCAUCGCCGUCACCAAGGGUAAGGGUUUCAACGGUGUCACCUCCCGUUGGGGCACCAAGAAGCUUCCUCGCAAGACCCACAAGGGUCUGCGUAAGGUCGCCUGUAUCGGUGCCUGGCACCCUUCCCACGUCCAGUGGACUGUUGCCCGUGCCGGUCAGAUGGGUUACCACCACCGUACCUCGGUCAACCACAAGGUUUACCGUAUCGCCAAGGCCGGUGCCGAGGACAGCGCCUCCACCGAGCUCGACGUCACCAAGAAGGUUAUCACUCCCCUUGGUGGCUUCGUCCGCUACGGCGAGAUCAACAACGACUUCGUCAUGGUCAAGGGCUCCAUCCCCGGCCCCAAGAAGCGUGUUGUCACUCUCCGCAAGUCCAUGUUCGUCCACACCUCGCGCCGCUCCAACGAGAAGAUCACCCUCAAGUGGAUCGAUACCUCGUCCGAGUUCGGACACGGCGCCUUCCAGACGCCCGCGGAGAAGAAGCAGUACCAGGGUACUCUCAAGAAGGACCUCGUCGCUGCGUAA